CUAGGAGAAGGAAUGAGUAUGAGCUCCGUGAGGGUUUGCUGCCUCGGCCCGGAGGCCGAAGAGGCCCGCAGGAUCAACGAUAUGAUCGAGAGGCAGCUCCGCCGGGACGGGAAGGCCUCCCUACGGGAAUUCAAGCUCCUUCUGCUCGGAACUGGUGGAAGUGGAAAGAGCACUUUCAUCAAGCAGAUGAGGAUCAUCCACGGCCGAGGAUACUCUGACGAGGACAAGAGAGGCUUCACCAGGCUGGUCUACCAGAACAUCUUCACCGCCAUGCAGGCCAUGAUCCACGCCAUGAACACGCUACAGAUCCUCUACAAGUACGAGCACAACCAGGCCAACGCCAGCCUCGUCGGCGAGGUUGAUGUGGACAGGGUCACAACCUUAACGAACCCGUACGUGGAGGCCAUCAAGAGCCUGUGGAGCGACCCGGGGAUUCAGGAGUGUUACCGUCGUAAAAGGAAAUACCAGCUGUCAGACUCCGCCGAAUACUAUCUGAGCGACUUGGACCGGAUUUGUGAUGCUGCUUAUCUGCCGACCGAGCAGGACGUCCUGAGGGUCAGGGUGCCCACAACGGGUAUUCAAGAGUACACCUUUAACCUGGACAACGUGGUGUUCAGGAUGGUGGACGUGGGCGGCCAGCGUUCAGAGAGGAGGAAGUGGAUUCACUGUUUCGAGAUGGUCUAUUCCAUCAUGUUCCUGGCGGCGCUCAGCGAGUACGAUCAGGUCCUCGCCGAGUCCGUCACCGAGAAUCGCAUGGAGGAGAGCCUGGCCUUGUUCCAGACAAUCAUAACCUCCGAGUGGUUCCAAGGGUCCUCGUUCAUGUUGUUCCUCAACAAGACAGAUUUACUGGAGGAGAAAAUCAUGCACUCGCAUUUGGUCGACUACUUCCCCGAAUACGAUGGUCCCAAGUAUGACGACAGAGCAGGGAAAGACUUCAUCUUAGAUAUGUUUCUCAGUGUCAAUCCAUACGAGAAAAGUAUGAUCUACUCCCAUUUCACCUGCGCCACGGACACGGACAACAUCCGAUUUGUCUUCAGCGCGAUGAAGCACCAAAUCAUGAGUCGCACCAUGGAAGAGUUCAAAUUAAUUUAAAAACGUAGUGUUGCUGCUUUAAAUCCUCAGCUCUGUAGAGCUGGCAGUGAUUCAGUUUUAGUUGAGCACGACACACAUAAAAAAAAUGUCUCUACUUCUAUUCUAUUUCUAUGUGAAGAGUCUAUUAUAGCAUGCACAAGUAUGGAGGUCUUUGCCAACUUUUUCACACGGAUGGAUUGAGAAGGGUAAAAGUAUUUCAAUGUCCUCAGAGGAUUGAAUGAAUAAAUAAUUUUAGUGUGCAAUAAGUACGCCUUUCUUGACACACGAAGACGCUAAAAUGUGUACUCGUGAUUUAUUGUCGUGGUAUUUAUACGCCUUCCUGUGAGAGGUAAAAUGACUGUUUUUGUGAAUGG